AUGACUACUAGCCGCCCGCUGCUAGACAAAUGGCCAUCUCCGCGCGCCGCGCCCUCGCCUCCGCACCACUCCCUCCGCACCAUGAAAGCUCCCUAUCCCGAGAUCCAAGGCGGCGGCUCUCUGAUCCUCGCAUGGCAGAUUCGCAAUAAACGCGUCCUGGUCGUCGGCGGCGGCGAGGUUGCGGCCGGACGCAUCGUCAACGUCCUCAAUGCCGACGCCAACAUCACCGUCGUGGCGCCCCGCGACGGCCUCAACGAAGAGGUCGCCUACCGCGUCGAGCAGGGCCAGGUCGACCAUGUCGACCGCAAGUUCGAGCCCUCGGACCUCGACGGCGUCGACAUGGUGCUGACGGCCGUCGACGACCCGGACGCCUCGUCGCAAAUCUACAAGCUGUGCAAGGAGCGCCGCAUCGCCGCAAACAUCGCCGACGUGCCCCCCGAGUGCGACUUUUACUUUGGCAGCGUCCACCGCGACGGCCCGCUGCAGAUUAUGGUCAGCACAAACGGCAACGGGCCCAAGCUGGCCAACAUUGUCAGGCGCCAGAUUGCCGCCUCCCUCCCCCACAACAUCGGCAAUGCCGUCCAGCGCGUGGGCGUCCUGCGCAGGAAGCUCCGCAAGAUUGCCCCGGCCAUAGAAGAAGGGCCAAAGCGCAUGCAGUGGAUGUCCAAGGUCUGCGAGCAGUACUCGCUCGACGACAUCUGCGCCCUGACCGAGGAGGACAUGGACAUGCUGCUGAGCUUCUACAAGCCCGGCGUCGUCCCCUCGCUCGAAGCCAACAUGGUCUUUUCACGCCCACGUUGCGGCGACGCACAUCUCCUCCUUUUGUAUAUCAAUUGUACAUUGACCUCCCUCGCUCGUUUUCCCAAUCACCUCAUCGCCAAAUCACCACCAAUCAGCGUCGACUGGCCCGAGCGCCAGCGUCGCACUUUUGCUCCGCAUGCCCGACUUCCCCAUAACAAUCUUGCCUCCCCACCCAAUUACAGAUAUCCAACAAGCCCGCCCAUGGAUCUCGGGCAGCCGCCGCCCUAUGACACGGUCGACUUCAAGGCCCUCGCCAAGACCGACGACGCCUUCAAGCAAAUAUGGCAGCGCUCCUCGGGCAAGCUCGACUUUCAAGACCCCGAAACAGUCCAGGCGCUGUCCAAGGCCAUUCUGAAAGCCGACUUUGGCCUCCAACUUGACGUCCCCAGUGACCGUCUCUGCCCACCGAUCCCCAACCGCUGGAACUAUGUUGCCUGGAUGCAGGGCCUCAUCGAUUCCACCUCCCCAGACUAUUCCAUCAAGUAUGACGCCAAUCGCCGCGUCCAAGGCCUGGAUAUAGGCACAGGGGCUUCGGCCAUAUACGCCAUGCUGUGCUUGCGAUCACGUCCAAACUGGUCAAUGUGUGCUACCGACAUUGACAAGAAGAGCUUUGACUCUGCAGCCCGCAAUCUUGCCCUCAAUAAUCUCAUGACCCGCACAAAGCUGCUCCAAACUACCCAAAUCAGUCCUCUUCUCCCGCUUGCUGCACUCGGCGUCAACCAUCUUGACUUUACCAUCUGCAACCCUCCCUUCUUUGCAAACCCAUCCGACAUGCAAGCCAGCCUCAAAGGCGAGGGCAAGAGCUGGAGGCCAAACGCGAUAUGCACCGGGUCAGAGAAUGAAAUGGUAUAUCCUGGCGGCGAUCUUGGCUUCGUCACUGCCAUGGUCAAUGAAAGCCUUACAUUAAGAGACAAGGUACAGUGGUACAGCAGCAUGUUUGGCAAGAUGGACAGCGCCAAGGCCAUCAUCAAGCUGUUAAAGCAACACGGAAUCACCAACUGGGCUAUCGGCGUCAUCGAAGCAGGAUCCAGCACAAAGCGGUGGAUUGUCGCGUGGAGCUUUGGCGAUCUGAGACCCCGAAAUCCAUGUCCUCAAGAACACUAA